GAGCUCCAAGGCGGGGUUACAGACCAGCAUGGAGUAGAGGCACCGCGAGAAGGAGCCGCAGCAGCCCGAGUUAUGCAGCUGCUCGCCUUGUGAACACAAUCCCGCAAAAGCAAAGUCCAAAAGCAAUCAUGUACUCCCCGUACUGCCUGACCCAGGAUGAAUUCCACCCCUUCAUUGAAGCUCUCCUUCCUCAUGUCCGUGCCUUUUCCUACACAUGGUUCAACCUGCAAGCUCGGAAGCGAAAGUACUUUAAGAAGCACGAGAAGCGAAUGUCAAAGGAUGAGGAACGAGCUGUGAAGGAUGAAUUACUUGGUGAAAAGCCUGAGAUCAAGCAGAAAUGGGCAUCCCGACUCCUGGCCAAGCUACGCAAGGAUAUCCGCCCAGAGUUUCGUGAGGACUUUGUCUUGACCAUCACGGGCAAGAAAGCACCAUGUUGUGUCCUCUCCAAUCCAGAUCAGAAAGGCAAAAUUCGCAGGAUUGACUGCCUGAGGCAGGCUGACAAGGUUUGGAGGCUGGACCUAGUUAUGGUCAUCUUGUUCAAAGGGAUCCCCCUUGAAAGUACUGAUGGGGAGCGGCUAUACAAGUCGCCGCAGUGCUCAAACCCGGGCCUUUGCGUCCAGCCACACCACAUUGGAGUCACAAUUAAAGAACUGGAUCUUUACUUGGCGUAUUUUGUUCACACUCCUGAAUCCGGACAAUCAGACAAUUCAAACCAGCAAGGAGAUGCGGACAUUAAACCACUGCCCAAUGGGCAUUUGACUUUCCAGGACUGUUUUGUGACUUCAGGCGUUUGGAAUGUUACAGAGCUGGUGAGAGUGUCACAGACUCCUGUUGCCACAGCGUCUGGUCCAAACUUCUCUCUGGCUGAUCUGGAGAGUCCCAGUUACUACAACAUCAAUCAAGUAGCUCUUGGUAGACGGUCAAUAACAUCUCCACCUUCUAGCAGUUCCACCAAACGGCCCAAGUCACUAGAUGACAGCGAAAUGGAGAGUCCAGUAGAUGAUGUGUUUUAUCCUGGGACGGGACGGUCCCCAGCAGCUGGCAGCAGCCAAUCCAGUGGUUGGCCCAAUGAUGUGGAUGCAGGACCGGCUUCUUUAAAGAAGUCAGGAAAGCUGGAUUUCUGCAGCGCCCUGUCCUCCCACACCACCUCCCCGAGAAUGGCUUUCACCCACCACCCGCUGCCUGUCCUAGCAGGAGUCAGACCAGGAAGCCCCCGUGCCACAGCGUCGGCCCUGCACUUCCCGUCAACCUCCAUCAUCCAACAGUCCAGCCCUUACUUCACACACCCGACCAUCCGCUACCACCACCACCACGGCCAGGACUCGCUGAAGGAAUUUGUGCAGUUUGUAUGCUCGGAUGGCUCAGGCCAGGGCUCUGGGCAGCCUAACGGUAGCGGCCAGGGCAAAGUCACGGGGUCAUUUUUGCUGCCGCCACCUCCACCUGUGGCCAGACCAGUGCCCCUUCCAAUGCCUGAUACAAAAUCCACCAGCACUAACCCAGAGGGCGGAGCGCCGACACCAACAUCACCCUCAUUCUCAGCGCCAGGCUCCUCCUCCUCUGCCAACCGGUUUGUCGGCAUCGGACCCCGGGACGGCAACUUUCUAAACAUCCCCCAGCAAUCUCAGUCUUGGUUCCUCUGACAGGAUCU